UGUUAAAAUAUUAAGUUACAAGGAUUGAUAUCUGCGUUAGGUGGUUUAUCGUAAUAACGGUUUUAAAAAAUCGGUUAGUUUUACUUCCUGAUUUAUGUAGGGAUUUUGUUAACAAUUGUAUGAAAUGAAAACCUCUGUCAAAAAAGUUUUUUUUAUAUAUGAUUUUAUUGUAGUUGUACAAUAUUUAUAGAUUCACCACAAGAAGGAAGUUUAUUAUUUUUGAUUUCUGCGUAUUGUAUCGUAGAUAACAAGUGGACUUUAUUGUUAAACGUGACCUAAAUAUAAAUGUGUAUAAUUCACCAGAUUAAAUAAAUAUAUUCAUAAUGGGUGCUAAACAAUCGUCAAAUAAAGGGAACAUAGAAGACGCUCUUAAAUUUUUCGAAGAUGAAGUAAAGAAGUGGGAUGAUAACAUUAAAAAUCUCAAAGAAAGUUGGGAGAAAAAAGACAGAAGUUGGGUACCAGAAUAUCUCGAACAACAAAUGGAUGAAACAGAGACAAGAUGGACAAAUAUUCGGACAUUGAUACAGUUAACAUACAAACGCGGCAAAUAUCAUGAUAACCCAACAAACUUACCAUCAUGCUGUAAGGAAACAACUCGUCAAAUACAAGCUCAACUAACACAAAUGAAAAAAAAUAAUGAUACUCUGGUCAAUAAUCUACAAGUUGCUGAGGAGAAAAUCAAUGAACAAAGGAGAACAAUCGAAACACUUCAAAAGAAAAUAUCAACAAAGUAUGAAAUUCGUGAUGUUGAUAACGGUACAAAAGACGAAGACACACCGUCUUCAAAUCAUAACACUAAAGUAUUGCAGCAAAGCGCCAAACAUUUUGAGGAAAAAUCUUCCAAAGUUGCAGACAAUGAGAAUUCAACACAUAUACCAAGUAAGACCGACGAACAACAGAAAGCAGGGUCUCAAAAAUUGGAUGAAAAGACCACGCCACUUUUACUGAAAAUGAAUGACCAAGAAACACAUGUCAAAGACUUAGAAAACGAAAACAAAGAAACAUCUGAAAAAUGUAAAUAUUUAAAAAAGGAAGUUGAAAAACACAGUGAAAUCGGAGAAAAGCAGGAGAACAAUGAUAAACAAAACGAGAUUGAACAAACAGACGAAGAAUUGAAGAAUCUUCGGAAACAAUAUAAAGACAUGGACAGUGAGCUAAAUGAAAAGAAAAAACGAUGUGAAGAGUUAGAAAUCGCAGUCGCACAAUAUAAAGACAUGGAAGUCAAGAAGAAAGCAAAGAAAGGGAAAACGAAGAAAGAGCAUUCUGAAUUUGUGGAGAAUCUUCAAAGACAAAUCAAACAAAUGGAAGAAAGUUUCAAAAGAGAAAAGCUUAAAGUCAUGGAAGAAUGCCAACUGCUGCAAGCAAAAUAUGAAUCACUGGAAUAUGAAUUCAAGGAGCAGAAGAAAGAAAAGGAUUCGCUUUUGUUACGACUAAGUAAAAUUGCGGGAGAAAGACUUACAAAAGACAAUUCGGCAAUAACUGAUCUGAGCGAUCCGAACAGACCGACGAAACUCGGUGAAGUAUACAGUGAAUUGUACGACAACCAAUGGACAGAUGCAUUUGAAGCACUAAAGAACGCAGGUCAUGAGGAACAAUUUGCAAUUGAGACUUUAGCCCUUACUUUACAGCAUGUGAUGCAGUUUUGUAAAAGUAAUGCGGAGCUUUUGCUGAAAAAGUCAUCAGACGCUGUCAAUCUAAUGUUUGAAGGUGAAAAAAGUCCAGAAAAUGAAAAGAAACUGCAAUCUCAUGCAACAAUGCAACCUAACCAGGGAAAGAAAGUAGCUCAUGUUCUACGACAACAAUCGAUGGAAGAAAUAAAAUUCCAACAAGAGAGGUGGAUGGCAAGAUCAAAAGAUAAUCCGGGGAAUAUUCAGCCAAGUACUAGACAUGUCCAGAUUGGAGAUGAAGCAAAGGUUGAUGUCAACAGUAAAUUAAAACAGUUGAUUAAGGAGAUGGCUACAUACAUGGUACCUGUACUACAAAAGGCUUAUAUGGAACUAUACUGGUCAAAAGGUUACAUUGAAGGUCUCAAACCUUUUAUUUUGGAGUGUAUAUUCAUUUCUUGGAUGAUGAUAGUCCAGUCACCGCCAAUGACACUGCAUACUUGCGAACCCGGGUCAAGAUUUGACAAAAACUUCUACAGAGAAUAUAUGACUUCCGGUCAUCUAGUCAGUUAUAUGGUAUGGCCUGCACUAUUAUUGGAUGAAGGUGGAGCUUUAGUUUGUAAAGGUGUUGCAGAAGGCACAAAAGUUCAAACGGAGAAGAAGUGAUCGUAUCCCUAGUGUACGUAUUUAAGAAGCAAGAUGCAUGAAGAACCUACAUAGAUAUACAUUCGGAAAAUGAUGAUUAUUCUAUAAAAUAUGUUAUAUGAGUUAAGUUAAAUGACAUGUCGUUUAGUGAUUGUAUUGUUUGUUUUGUUGUUAUAAACCAUUUCGUCAUAGAUUUCACAAAACUUGACUCCUGUGCCCUUUGACUUUAUGGACCUACUGGUUAUUGUUGCUGGGUCGUGUCGGGGUAGCGUUCAUUAAACGCCGCCUUUCUUUGUUGAUCUUGUUUAUCAUAUUUGACUGAGAAGAAAGCCUAGAAAUACAAACAGUAGAAUAAGAAACCAGAAAACAUGUAUUUCUUUCAUAUGACAUUUUAUUUAUGAUCGACUGGAAAACAAUUAAUAUUUUGAUUAACGCACAUUUGAUUUGUAUUACUUCAUUGUUUGAACCAUUUAAGGUGUUUUCUUCUUAUAAGCUGUACACGACUCCUGCACAGCCACACAGCCAUGUUUCCUUACACGAAGUCGUACUGAUUAGUUCCAGAAAACGGAAUCAAUAUUGAUUCAAAUGGAAAAUCACUUAUGAAACUAUUAAACAUAAAACAUGUAACAUGAAAAAUAAAAUGUUUCAAAUAAACAUAUGCAGUUAUUAG